AUGAGUGACGAUACGAACUCGUUUUAUAACGGCUUUCGUCGGAUAUUCCCCAAUUCUAAGGCCAAAAAGCUUCUAUGCAUAUAUCAUGUUUUGAGGGCUGUCGAAAGAAAUUGUAAAGCCAAUAUACCAACCUGCUCACCCAACUCAAGGAGCCUGGAGAGAAAGAUUCAGUGGAAUGAUUCGAGAGGACAUGGAGUGGACGUGUACAACAAUGGGGUGCAUUUCGCACGCCACUAUUCUUGCGUGAAUACGUCCAUGCUCAUAGAGCGAUUCCACCGACGUCUCAAGCAUGAAGUGUUUGCCUCUAAAGCUAAUGUUAGAGUUGAUAUUUUGCUAGACGCCUUAAUAUCAUUGCCUCCCGAGAUGGAAGAGGAUCGAAAAAUAAAGAUGGCCAGGGGACUCUGCGAGGGAAGAUACAGGUUACAGCAACACCAUCGGGCCCAUGCUGCAGCAAUGAAAGUGUUUGGAAAAAAUCGAGCGAAUGUCGUAGUGCGAGGAGAAGGUCGCUGGGUAGUUUCCGACGGUCGAGGAAUACAUCAUGUUCAUCAAAGAGUAUGCAUUUGCGAUUCGCAGCAUAAUAAUCAUUGUCAAAAAAAUAACUGCGGGGCUUGCCCUUAUGGAUUCCUAUGUGACUGUCAAAGCGAUACCAAGUCUGGCAUUUCAUGUGUCCAUGUGCACGCAGCUGCCAUUUAUGGGCCAGAAGGUAAAAUCGCAGUUAACGAGGGAUACUUCGUUCACGUGAAUUCAGACGAAGAGUUGGAUGAGAACUCCAAC